GGAUUAGUGCUGAGGUUGUCUGCUGUUCUUUGCUUGAGCGUUGCCCUUCUACUGGAUGUGCUGUGUGCUGGUGUAACUUGUCUACUACGCCAUUGAUAUCUGGUCUAGAAUGGUGUAUAUUCCGCGUUGGUCGAUAACUGGUGCGCUCUACGUGCUUUCGCAGCUUAGCCAGAAUCACGAUUACUGCCCUAUAGGUGAGACUAUACGUCCAUCUGACUUCCAGAGGGAUAACUCCUCGGUGGAGUUCAUUGUGAAUGAUCCUUCUUAUAGGGCGCUAUCAGUGGAUAAGCUCUCGGGUGCCAUUCAGCACCCGACAGUCACGUUUGAUGGUGAUACUCUGGAAACAAUAAACGGUACGCAGUUUGUAAAGUUCCAUGAGUUUCUGAGAGGAGAAUUCCCCCUGACCCAUGAAACUCUGUCCCUGGAGAAGAUUAACACCUAUGGACUGCUGUAUACUUGGGAAGGAAGCGACCCCUCAUUGAAGCCCCUGCUGCUUAUGGCACAUCAGGAUGUUGUUCCCGUUGGUGAAGAGACAAGAGGCGACUGGAUCUAUGAUCCAUUCAGCGGCUUCUUUGAUGGCGAAAAUAUCUGGGGACGUGGCUCCUCUGAUACUAAGACCAUGGUAAUUGGACAGUUGCAAGCCGUUGAAAGGUUGAUACAGGAGGGAUUCAAGCCUUCAAGAACGAUUCUUUUGGCAUACGGAUUUGAUGAAGAGAUUGGAGGUAAAAUGGGCGCAGCUUUUAUCUCUGAACACCUCUAUGAGAGAUAUGGUGCCAAUGGACUCUACUCUUUACUCGAUGAAGGUGGCACUGCUAUGGCUGUUGUUGGUGGCACACCGAUAGCACAACCUGCAGUUGGUGAGAAGGGUGUUGUGAACAUUAAGAUCUCAUUGACUACACCUGGUGGACACUCCUCUGUACCACCAGACCAUACCAACAUCGGUAUAGUGUCUAAACUGGUGUCCCUCAUUGAAGAUACACCAUUCAGACAAAUCAUGGAUGAGCAUAACCCAGCUUUUAAGUAUCUCCAAUGCAUUGCGCAGCACACUGAUGAGUUUACUCCAGAGUUCAAGCAAAAGGUUUUCAGAUCUACUUGGGAUCCCUCUGCUAAAAAGGACGUUCUUGACUACGCUGAUACCGUGAAAGAGCUCAAAUACCUCGUCAGAACCUCACAAGCUGUGGAUAUCAUCCACGGUGGAAUCAAGACCAAUUCACUUCCAGAGCUGGUCACCAUUGAUAUCAACCACAGAAUCUCCAUAGAGUCAUCUGUGAACGAAACAGUCCACAAGAUCGUAGACAACGUCCUGUCGAUCGCUAACAAGUUCUCGUUGGGUUUAUACCAUGACAAUGAAGCGUUGCUUGAACCAACCUCCAACGGGUACUUCAAUGUCACUGCACCAGUUAGUUUGGAACCUGCAAGGAUAUCCCCUUCCAGCAACGAGCAAUGGAGAAUAUUCGCCGGGUCCGUUAAGCACAUCAUGGAGGACUACAUCUACCCAAACAUCACAAGACCAUCUGUUGUUGCACCGUCAAUCACCACAGGUAACACUGAUACCUCCCACUACUGGGGCCUCACCGAGAACAUCUACCGUUAUAGGCUGAGCACCAUGCACGGAGUGCUUGAAGGGCACACCCACAGCGUCAACGAGCACACAACCAUACAGAACCACCUGUUUCUCGUGGCAUUCAACUACGAAUACAUCAAGAGCGUUGACGAAUAUGCCAAAGCGUGAGCUCUUUGCCCCGAUAAAACCCCAUUAUCUCCGUGCCUUAACCCCGGUGUUUAUUGUUUGUUUACUCUUUUAUGUACGGGUUUAUCACAACACAACACAACACAACAC